CGCAUGCCGGGGUCUGGUCGAGUUUUCACGUAUCAUCAAAAUUUUUAGGGUUCCAGUCCCGCGUGCGGGGUUCCAUCAGAGCACGCGAGCCUCCGGUAGAGCCGCAGCUCAUCACUGCGUCGAAAACCAUGUGUCCUUCCGCCAUGGACGCCAAGAACGAGAGGAAGUCCAAGUCCAAGUCCAAGUCCAAGAAGAGGAAGAACAAACCGCACCCUCAAGCUGAAGAGGAAAACUCCAACGCCGCUCCCGUCGACGGCGAAGUAGAAGAAGAGGAAGUGGACGGAGAGGAGGCGGACCGGAGAGAGAAGAGCUCGGACGAGGAAGCGAACGGCGGCAGCAGCGGAGAAGGAGUAAGAGAUGAUGGCGAUGGUGAAGGGGAGAAGGCUCCGGUUGCCAAGAAGCAGAAAACGGGGGAGAAGAAGGGCUCCAGUAUCAUGACCUCCGAGCCCUUCUCCCGGCUUCCGCUCUCCGAGCCCACCAUGACGGCUAUCAAGGAGAUGGGAUUCGUCAGCAUGACCCAGAUUCAAGCUAGAGCAAUCCCACCUCUGUUGGAAGGGAAAGAGGUUAUGGGGGCUGCAAGGACGGGUUCAGGAAAGACUCUAGCUUUCUUGAUACCCGCGGUCGAGUUGCUGUAUAAUAUCAAGUUUACUGCUCGGAAUGGAACUGGAGUAAUUAUAAUUUGUCCAACAAGGGAGCUGGCUAUUCAAACACAUGCUGUGGCAAAGGACCUUUUGAAACACCAUUCACAAACUCUUGGAUUGGUUAUAGGUGGUGCAGGACGGAGAGGAGAAGCUGAGCACCUCGCAAAGGGAGUAAAUAUAUUGGUAGCUACACCUGGCAGGCUUUUGGACCAUCUUCAAAAUACCAAGGGGUUUAUAUAUAAAAAUUUGAUGUAUCUUAUAAUUGACGAAGCUGAUCGAAUAUUGGAAGCUAACUUUGAGGAAGAUAUGAAGCAAAUAUUUAAGCGCCUACCUGAGAAGAGACAAACAGCUCUUUUUACUGCUACACAAACCAAGCAGGUAGAAGAUUUUGCACUUUUGUCAUUUAAGGGAAAGCCAAUAUACAUUGGAGUUGAUGAUGGGCGGUCUAAGGUUACCGUUGAAGGGUUGCAGCAGGGCUAUUGUAUUGUUCCAAGCAACAAAAGAUUUCUUGUUCUGUAUGCUUUUCUGAAGAGGAAUCUGUCCAAAAAGAUUAUGGUUUUCUUUUCUUCCUGCAACUCUGUCAAGUAUCAUGCGGAGCUUUUAAGAUACAUCCAGGUUGAUUGUUUUGAUAUCCAUGGAAAGCAAAAGCAGCAGAAACGGACCACUACCUUUUUUGACUUCUGCAAAGCAGAGAAGGGAAUCCUGUUGUGCACUGAUGUUGCUGCUCGUGGACUAGACAUUCCUGCUGUUGACUGGAUUGUACAGUAUGAUCCCCCUGAUGAACCAAAGGAGUAUAUUCAUAGAGUUGGACGAACAGCCCGUGGGGAAGGUGGCAAAGGACAUGCCUUGCUGUUUCUAUUGCCUGAGGAGCUACAAUUUCUUUGCUACUUGAAGGAAGCCAAGGUGCCUGUAAAAGAAUAUGAGUUCAACGAAAAGAAGGUUCCAAAUUUGCAGUCUCACCUGGAGAAAAUUGUGGGAGAAAACUACUACCUGAGUCAGUCAGCAAAAGAUGCAUACAGGUCCUAUAUUUUGGCGUAUAACUCGCACUCUAUGAAGCACAUCUUCAACGUGCAUCACCUCAAUAUGAAGGAUGUGGCAACAUCAUUCUGUUUUAGUAAUCCACCAAAAAUAAAUUUAGACUUGGACAGCAGUGCAUCCAAAUUUAGGAAGAAGAUGCGUAACAUUGAUGGCAGCCACCAUGGUUUCAGUGCAAAUAAUCCUUAUGGAAGUAAAAGUGCUGACAACAAAAGACAGUUUUCAAGAUUUUAGAGUGAUGUUUGUGCUGAGGUGAAGAAGCUAGUAUUUCAAAUUGUACGAGCAACCAUAUGGAAAAGUCAAUGGACUGGAAUUUUUUUGGAUGUCGAGCCAUUCAGAAUGAGUUGGAUCUUUUCAUGUUAAUUACUUAGUCACAUAUUGCUUAUUUUUUGGCUGCAGAUGCCAGCUUUAGUUUCUAGAAUUGUAUUUUACCUUGUUCUUGAUUAAUACUCUGUUGCAGUAACCGAUGAGUGUUAUCAACCGGGAAGUUAAUUUGAAGAAAUUGACAUAUUUCUGAAUACGAUUAAUGUUCUAUCGGUUUUGGCAUGC